CACUACGCGCGCGGAUAAAAAGUUUUUGGGAGCGCUUACUCACGUUAUUAUCCCGAAAUCUCGACAGCUCGUCUCACAGCUGAUGACAUUAAUGAACGGAGACUGCGUGAUGCCCCUAUGACGUUUACUUAAACGAAAGGAAACGGUAACUUUGGCGCUGGGUUUGUUCUUUGUGCCGCUGCUCUGAACUUCAACUUCAACCAGAAGUUUGCUUUAACUGGGAAGACUGGCUGCUUGUGUGGAGUGUAUUGAUGAGAAAUUCUACCCUUACUUCUGGAACUCUCUUGUGAUCACUUCCCCUGUAUGAUGGGACACACACUCCUGGUAGUCGUCCUGCUCUUUGCCCUGAGCAGUAUGACUUCUGCAGGUCCACUGUCACGUAGCCCAUGUGAGUUAUUACCUGUGGGUGAAGGUCACCCCGUACAGGCCGUGCAAAUGAGCUUCACAGCUCUCUCAGGCUGUGCGAGCCGUGGAACCACCAGCCUUCCUCAGGAAGUUCACAUCGUCAACCUGCGCAGCAGCAACACAGAGGAACUGACCGAGAAGCCUGAGGUGACUUUACACCUGCAUCCCAUCCACUCCCUAUCCGUGCACCAAAAGCCGCUGGUCUUUGUGCUCAACUCGCCCAAACCAUUCCAGUGGAGGAUCCAUGCAAGCAACCUGGCUCCUGGAAUUAAAAGGAUCUUCUACGUGUCAGAUGGAUCUGGUGUGCAGUUCGAGGAUGUAAAUAUGUCCCUUAGUUGUGAGGUGCGCACAGAGACAUUACCACAUGGAAAUGAGCACCUGCUGUCCUGGGCUAAACGCCUGUACCGCGCCGUCACCUCCUUUACCGAGCUCAAGAUGACCCACGACAUCCACAUCAAAGUGGGAGAAGAUCCUGUAUUUUCUGAAACCUGCAAAAUCGACAACAAAUUCCUGUCUCUGAACUACCUGGGGAGUUAUAUCCAGCCUCAGGCAUCCACAGGCUGUGUCCUCUCUGGUCCAGAUGUCCCUCAAGAGGUCCACAUCAUCGAGCUGCAGGCCCCGAGCUCCAGCAGUGCGCUGCAGGUGGAUGUGAUGGUGGAUUUGAAGCCAGUGGAACCAGAAACCCCUCUGCACCGUGACAUUGUCUUGCUCCUCAAAUGCGAGAAGUCUGUGAACUGGGUGAUCAAGGCCCACAAUAUAAUUGGCAAACUGCACAUAGUGACAUCAGACAGCGUUAGCUUGAAUGAUAGCACUGAGAGACUGAUGCAGGUAUCUAAGGCGGUGAAGCAGAAGCUGCCCGCAGGAGCUCAGGCUCUGAUCCAGUGGGCCGAGGAGAACAACUACGGCCCCGUGACUUCCUACACCAACACUGCAGUGGCCAACAUCUUCCACCUGCGUGUUAGAGAAGCAGAAGUGGUGAAUCCUUUAGAGAGCAUGUUUCCCCCAGAACUCUCUAUCCUGCGAAACACCGAUCCUCGCGAUCACACCCGCCCUGACCUGCCCUUCCUCCUUCCCUCGGUGAUGGACCAGAAUCCUCCCUUCCCUUUCCCACCUACUCUGGAUGAGCCGACGUGGUCACACCGCGGUCCUGAGGAGCAGCGUGGAGCUCUGAGUGGAAUUUUCAGCGUGCAGUGUGAGGAGAGCAGGAUGGUGGUCAGCAUUGACAAGGAAAGCCUGCAGGCAACAGGUAUAAGUAAAGCCAACAUAACCCUGCAGGACCCACAGUGCAAAGCAACAUCCAACUCCACUCACUACAUUCUAGAGACUCCACUAACUGGCUGUCAGACCUCUAAAUACCCCAUGCACCACCCCAGCCCAAUGGUCCUCUACAUCAAUUCAAUCGUGAUCAAACAAUCGGACAGCAGGGAUGGCAGCGGUUGGCCAUCGGAUGAUGAAGACCUGGAUUCUGGUGACGUGCUGCUCUCAGAGAGAACAUCAUCGGGACACCGCUUUAGCAUAUUGUUUAACUGUACAUACCGUAAAGCUGAAGAUGCUCCUCCUCACUUUCCCUGGUCUGGACCAAACGUUCAGCAUGAACCUGUGGAAAACGUGACAUUCAGCAUGGAGCUGUAUAACACCAGCCUAUUCCGCCACCCACAACCUCCCUCCUUCUUCCAGGUCAUGGAGAACAGGCCCAUUUUUGUGGAGAUCUCAGCCACUAAAGCAGAUCCUGAUCUGAGCUUCAUGAUUCAGACAUGCUUCAUCUCUGCAAAUUCUAAUCAUGAGGUACUAUCUGAAUACGUCCUCAUCGAGAACAUAUGUCCCAAAGACGAGUCUGUCCUUUACUACCCUCCGAAGGUGGACAGGAAACGAUUUAGCUUUGACUUCAGGUCAAAGUUCAAGGUACCUUUGCUGUUCCUGCAUUGUGAGAUGUCCAUCUGCUCAAAGAGACACAACAUGCAUCCAGGUCUGCCAGAGUGUAUGCUUCCUAACGAGGCCUGCACGUCCGUUAGCGGGGAAACCAUUAUCAAAAUGAUGAUGAACAGCAAAACCUCCACGAAGCCGCUGGUGGUCAUCAGUGAUGGAGGCAGAAAUGAAGAUUCCAUAACCCACAAUCCUUCUAAUCCUGUAGAAGUUCUACAAGGCGGUCAAUCUGACACUUACAUACUGGACACUCCGACAGUGGUGGGCAUCGCCUUUGCGGCCUUUGUCAUAGGAGCUCUUCUUACAGGCGCCCUCUGGUUCAUCUAUUCACACACAGGUGACUCAGCAGUGAGGCAAAAUGUGCCAAGGUCUCCUCCUGCCUCAGAGAACAGCAGUGCAGCUCACAGUAUCGGCAGCACUCAGAGCACACCGUGCUCCAGCAGCAGUAAUGCAUAGCAUAUAUUCACUUCACACACACACACACACACACACACACACACACUGCAGCCCUGGCAGGUCACCACAUGGGGCUCUGAUCACAUUCAUUUUUCUACAUCAUCAAUCUUGGAUGCUUUCUGCGAGUGAAGGACUGAAUGAAUUUUGUAGAACAUCGCAGCAUGAAACCGGCUCGCCUUUCGUCCUAAAAUAGUCGGGAAUGUGGAAAAAGAGAAGAAACAAAAGCCUUGACAAACUGUGGAUAAAAGAUGAAAAAUGCUGGUGAGGAACAAGGCAUGAAAGCCCCCUACACCACUACGUUUAAUUUUUGCCAUAUAUGGCUGGAAAUGUCUGUUGAUAACAAAGCUUGUUUACUGCACUCCAUUCUUACGGUGUGGAAGCAUCUGGAAGAUGAGAGAGUUUGAUGCUGAGCGUGUGGUUGCACGAUGUUCGGUGUGCCAAAGCAAGCAUAAUUCUUUUCGUGCAAGAUUUCAGCCAAUUCAUAAUUAAUACAAUGUCUGUCUGGUUUCAGAGCAAUAAUAAUCCUAAAGGGAAAAAACAGACCACAUAUUUGACACAAACUACUGCAUUUUAUCCGUUUACUAGACAUUUAUAUUCCAUGUUCCAGUGGAAAAAGCUCUCAAGAAAGUUUUCUUUUUUCUUUUUCUUUCUUUUAAUUUUUUUCUUUUUUUUUGUUAGUUCCACAGGCUGUAUUUCUCAUGUAAGACUUAUUAGAACUGCCAUAAAGCAUCACAGCCAAACCAGCACUUAAUCUAAUAAUAUAUAAGAUUAUAAAAUAUAUAUUACCGUAUGGUCACCUAAUAACAUAACAGGCCUAAAAUGCAUUGACCUAUUAGCAAAAUCUAGAUCAGGGUUUCAGAAAUUAAAUUAGUAAUGAAAUUGUGUUUUCCAUGUAGAAUAGCCCUACAUGAUCUAAACAUGAACUGUUUUAAUAUUGCAGUUUGUAUUGUGGUUAGGUUUGGGGAAAUUAGACCCAAUUUUUCUGAGGUAUGUGUAAGUUGACAUGAUUGUUCUAGCCUUAAAAACAUUUAACACACUGCAAUUAGUUCAAAUACAGCAUUGAUUUCCAAAUUCACCAUAUUGAUUUAAACUAAUCACGAUGAACAUUAAACAGUAUUGUUCAUUAAAAAUCAUUACACACAUUUUAUAUAUAUAUAUAUAUAUAUAUAUAUAUAUAUAUAUAUAUAUAUAUAUAUAUAUAUAUAUAUAUAUAUAUAUUACACAAUUGACCAAGUAUUGUUUUUUAAUAACAGUGAAUUUUUUUUUUUACUUGUCAUUGGUUGAGGCAAAGCCAAUAUUAUAAUAAUAACCUGCCAAUAAUAGAAGAAAUUAUUAUAUUAUUAUAAUUGUGUUGCAUUAUUUCAGCACUAUUGGCUCCUCUAGUGUAAAUAUCUUGAUAGAGCUUUUAUCAGAUUUAAAAAAAAAAAAAAAAUUAUAUAUGGAUAUAGUGUAAAAAUAUCGAAGUAUAUUUUUGUAUAUAAAAUGUAUCUAAAGAAUUUUACAAUGAAAAUGAUAUUAUACAAUGAUCUACACCGUAAAGCUGUCUAAAGUUUAAGCCAAGCUUAUUACUUAUUUUACUGCGUUUCUAACACAAGAAUAGUAUAUAGAUGAUUCCUUAAAAAGAAAUCAUUUAAAGAAGUAUUUAUUUAUUAAUGUAAAUGUGCAACAGCUGUACCAUGAUUUGGCAUAAACAAUACAGCAUUUGCUUUUUUUAUAGAUGAGUAUGGAGAAUCACAAAAUAUUUUUAGAAAGAGCUUUAUAUACUGAAGAGAUCAAGAGGAGCUGCAGGAAUAAGGAGAAGCAGCAGCAGCAGCUUUGACGUCAUGAUUAAGUGAAUUUAUUACAGACUACCCCUGUCUGACCAUUCAGAAAGAGAGAGUUGUUUAUUAACAGAUUAUAUUAUCUCUCUCAUGGCUAUUAUAGAUUUUAUAUGUACAGCAUGCAAUGUGUAUUUUUUUGGUAGAAAUGUAUGAAAUAGAAAUUUGAAGACUAUUCAUCAAAGAAGUCUCCAGUAUUAGAAACAGAUGUAACACUUCCAGAUCAGCAAAGUCCCCAGUGUUGAAUUCACUCAUACAGCAUGUAUAUAUGUACACUCUCUGCCUGAAGGCUUGUGGAUCCCUGAACAUCACAGCCAUAUGUGCUUGUUGAUUGAGUCCAACUUUUGUUGUUGUAAUAACCUCUACUCUGUAGAAAUACUUUCCACUAUAUGUUGUGCUCAUUCAGCCACAAGAGCAUUAGUGAGAUCAGACACUGAUUUGUGUGAGGAGGUCUGGUCAGUUUAGUGCAGUCAGUGUUCUAGUUCAUCCCAAAGGCGUCCAGUGGGGUUAAGUCAGAGUCAGGGCUCUGUGCAGGACACUUGAGUUCCUCCUGGCAAACCAUGUCUUCAUGGACCACACUUUGUGCACAGGGGCAUUGGAACAGGUUUAGGUCUCUUAGAUCCAGUGAAGGGAAAUUGUUAAUCUACAUCAUUCAAAGAACUGUGUGCUUUUAACCUUAUUGCAGCAGUUUGUUUAAUAACCACAUAUGGCUAUGAUGGUCAAGUGUCACAAAUUCUUUUGGCCAUAUGUAGUGUAGUUUGAUGUUGUAGUUAGAGAAAAAGAUUUGACAACUCUGGAGACCUAAAGCAAAUACUUCAGCUGAAAAAGAAAGACAUAUUUAGACAUAUUAGGUUUCUGCACCAUUAAUCUACUAAUCUCUCACCACCCCAAACAUGUAAAUAAUCCAUUCACAUACAAAGAGAGAUUUCAGACUAACAUUCCAACUAACGUCUCGUGUGUUAUUGUAUAUUUCCUUUCGCUUUGCCAUACAGGGCUUGUUUUUUAUGCCGUUUAUGGUAGGUGUCAGUACAAAGUGAAGCCAAAGCGAUUCCCACCGUCACAAACGAACAUGAAUGUUGCCGUUUCAAACAUGCCUUUACAAAAAAAAAUCAGAUCACAUACUGAUGAAAUAAUGUGAGGAAAAGAGGGGAGCUGGUUUGGCUUGGUUUGCUUUGUACCCAGCAUGUAGUGUCUAUCUUCACAUGUGAAGCUUCGUGAAACUUUGUGCAUCUCAUAAUUGUGUCACGGUUUGUGCUGCAGAAUCUAUAGAAUGUAUUUUAUUUUCAAAGCUUUCAAGUGCAUGCUAACUUGUAUAGAUGUCGUCAAAUCAGAGCAGAGUAUGAAUAUAUAUAGAUAAAUAUAUUUGUGUAUAAAGGUAUAUUUUUGAGAAAAUUAAGACCUAGAGCCAAACUAUGAUUUUAAUCGUAUACUGUGAAUUCUUUUCAGCUUACUUCUGUAGAUACAAGGAUAUGGGACAAUACGAAAUGACACAGAGUUGCCAGUUUAUUACUUCCACUUACCUGCUGUGCUGAAAAUAAUCCACUACCCAAAUCAUAUCUGAUCAGUGAUGGGCCUACAGUGGCGUGUUUGAGAUAGAAAGCCGGAGAGAUAGAUGGAGGCUGACACAUGAUACAGACAGACUACAGUCUGCAAUUACAUUUACAGUGUGUACUUGUGUAGUAGAUUUAUCCGAUAAGCCGACAACUUUGUGUCUUUUUUUUGUUGUUGUUUUUUAAUUCCCUGUUGGAAGAUGUUUCCUGUGUGUAGCAGUUUUGGGUGAAAAACUUUUUUUUUUUUUGUACAUCAAUCGAGCACAUGCUUUCAUGUAAACUCUAUACUUAUUUGUUGUAUGCGAGUGUGCACAUGUAAAGGAGUUUUUGUCACAAAACUAUAGUAUCAAACAAUAUUAAAGGAGUAUUAUUAACAAGUAUUAACCAAACCUGAUUUAAAAUAAUAAUAAAUCAGUCACCCCCCAUUUACUCCAAGUUACGGUUGGGGAAAAUACUGUGGUUUCCCGAGAGUCAAAGUUCCUUCUGUCAAACUCAAAAACGUUCUCAUCCAUGAAAAAUGUGCCGAAAUGUCAUCAUAAAUCUCAUCAACGAGAAUAAAGGGAUGAUAAAGGAGAAUUGUUCCUUUUUUUUAUAUUCUUAUUGUUCCAACUGUAUUUGCUGUCUCUGUUUUUAAAUUGCGAUACUCUCUGUUCUGCUUGUUUCGAUCCGAUGGCACAAAAUGAAUUCUCUAAACAGCUACGCUCUCAUGUUCAUUGUGACGUUGGAAAUGAUUUAAAAUACUUACUCCACUGUAGUCAAGACAAAAAGACAAAAGCACACUUUUCUAGAAGGCCAGAUGCAUGUUCAUGUGUUUGUAUUUGUCUGAAUGUUUGCUGUUAUAUCUACCUCAAAUUUGUGUUGUGUAUGUGUGACUGAGUGUUUGUGUAUGAGUGAUGAGAGUGUGUGUGUGUGUGUGUGUGUGUGGGUGCCUGCUUUCCAUAUUAAUUUAGAAUAGCUGUGUCGUGUGCUGUACUUCAAUACAUAUGCAUUUUAAAAAUCACUAAAAGCUGGAUGUUUAUUGUCAUACCUUACAUUUGGUAAAUGUUAAUGUGAACUAAAACACACUCAAAGCCGCUCUGUUGACAAAUCAGGUCUGUCUGUUGGCUGUCUGAUCGUAUGUGAAGCUUUUGUCUGUAAAUAAACUGUGCUGUAAAUACGCAUGCCCUCUAAAUGUUGUGUGUGUGUAUAUAUAUAAAAAUAUAUAUAAAAUAAAGUCAUAAUCUUCA